AUGCAUCCGUUAAUACAACCACCAUUUAAUCAACAUCCACAUAAUGAAACGCCGGAAAUACAAAUACCACAACAUACCACCGUAAUAAUAAGCGAAGAAAGCCACGAAGCUUCUACUAAUGUUGACUUAUAUAGAGGUACUCUUGGUGAUAUGGAAAGGGAUGCCGAAAUUAUUGAACAAAAGGCUCCAACUUGGUUAAUUGAAUUUCUAAUUAAGAAUAAGAUUCCCGCCAAAGAACCUGUAAAGGUCAGUUUCAUAUUAAAACCACAUGAAGGUUCUGAAUUAGAUGAAUUACCGAAUGGAAACGCAAGGUUAACCGCAAAUAGAAUGUUAAGAGUAAGGAAAAUAUUAGCUUAUAUAGUAGAAAAAUUAGAAUUAGAUCAGCCAUCGAUUCCUUUAACAACAAGCAAUAACACCACUAAUAAUGGCGCUGUUAAUAUCAAUGGAAAUUCGGUUACCGAACCUACUAAUGCUAAAGAUAAUGGUGGUGGUAGCAUGACUGCUACACAACCUUCUACAGAGUGUCUAGAAAAAGCGUUGGGUGAUGCUGAAAAAAAUACUGAUGAAGGUAAUGAACAUGAUAAUACCACCGGUAAUAAUUCACAAAGUACAGCCGCUGCUGAAGAAGAAAGAAAGAAUGCCAUGAAACCUGAAUUAUGGUUAGAAUUAGUUUGUCAAGAUCAGAUUUUGCCUCCUACCAUGACAUUGGCUACUAUUAAAUCUCAAAUAUGGAAAGCAUCUGGUGAUUUAACAAUGACUUAUAGGUUGAGAAUGAAAAGCGUUUGA